UACUCAACCUGUGAUAUUUCUCUGGAUUCAUUUCCGCAACCAAACAACUGGCUUCGAAGUGAUCCCAUCGAAGUUCACAGUGGUGUUAAAACAGUCCUCGUUACCAUUGAGGACAAAACAAAUAACUGUUCGUCGUAUUCUGACAAAGGAGGGAAAUAUUGCAAAAAUUAUUUCCACCUAUACGAACAUCAGUCCUGGCAACCAACGAGUCCCGACCCUCUAGCGAACAAUGCUACAUAUGACAAGAUUGCGAAAACAGCUGCACCAGCUCUGGGAAUCAAAGUAAUUCAAACCUUUCGUGUAGAUGUUAAAAGAAAGUACAUCGUUUUGGCGUUUAAUGACCGGGGUUCAUGUAGCGUCCUUUUCUCCGUCACCGUUUGUUACUAUGUCUGCCCAAGAUUGACUCUUAUAAGUAGCUUGGUUUUACUACCUCAAACAGUAGCUCCAGCCAACAACUCAAAGCCAGUUGAAGUUAAUUGUGUCACUGCUGCCUUUCACAAGCAAGGCACUCUAAGUCUGGAUUGUCAGAGUGAUGGGGUCUGGAACAUCAGUUCACUUAAUGGAAGUUGCAUAUGUCCGGAGGGGAUGGAAAAUGCAGGAGGAAAAUGCGAAGGUAUACCACGUAAUAUGAUAAAUUUAGAUAACGUGGCAGUGCGGUUUUAAAUAAUGAUCUACAAACCAGUUAAACAUGACAAUUAAGUUAUAUCAACUGCAUUGUUAAUGCAAAUUGGACACCCUAAAGAGUUUCUAAGCUAAUGUUUCGAGCGUUAGCUCUUCACCAAUCGCUCUUGACUUACUCUUACCACAUUUGCUAAUGAAUGCGUCUGUCUAUAGAAAUACCAUCUGCCCCCCAAAACGUCAAUGUUAUCUUUGUCAACCAAAGCACACUGGAAAUACAGUGGCAGCCUCCUGUAGAAACUGGGGUUGAGACCCAUGUGUUUUAUGAAGUUGAAUGCCGUCGACCAUGUGAAGGCGAAGACAAAAGCAAGUGCGUAGAUAAAGAGUGCGGGAGUGAUGUCAUUUUCAAACCGAGAAAGGAUGGCUUGAACAUUACUCACGUUAUUGUUGGAAACCUUACCUCAUUUGUAAACUACACGAUAAAAGUCUACGCAAGGAACCGAGUGAGCGAUGUGGCGAAAAGAAUACAUAGAAUUCCGGCGAACUUCGCGGCAAUUACCAUAAGGACUAACGGAUCACGUAAGUUAUCGAGCAGACUAAAUGGAAUACCAUACAAACUCUUAUCUGACUGCUUAUUUCUCUAAAUAAUAUGCAGGUAGGAUUUGGUGGAAUUUAAUGGCCCCAUCGAUUUGUUCACAAAUUGCACCAUUUUUCGCUCUAAAUCGUAUUCGUUUUCCAGUCAAUGAGAAAUCUUUCCUGAAUUAACUAAUUAGAGGAAAAUGAAAGACAACUUUUGCACCUUCUUACAAACCAGCCCAUCACUGAAUCAAUUAGACAUUUGUACAACUGAAAAAUUAUUUCUUUGAGCGACUGAAUUUUGCGAUUUUAAAAUGGAUGUAAUAAGGUGGUAAUUGAACCUCGUGUCGUGCAAUUUCUUAUACAAAUUGUACUUACCAUAAAAUAUCAGAGUUGAUUCUACUGUCGAAGUUCAUGACGGCUUAUUUAUCUCUGUUUUAACAAACUAGUUCCAGGUAAACCGGAAGUGACUGUUGAACAACCGGAAGAGACUGUUGUAGUAUCUUGGACUCUAAAGGAAAAGAACGGCGUCAUCAAAGAGUAUCACGUGACUUAUGUAAAUGAGGAUGAUGCGUCGGAAACCAAGACUCUCACCACAAAGAAAAUGGAAGCGCAGUUUGAUUUGAAGGCGGGAAAAACUUAUAAAUUUCAGGUCGGCCAAACUUUCUCAAAAGUUUGA